AUGACAGUCGUCCCGAACAUCGCCAGCGAAAGAAGCGUGGUUACUCUUAAGGCAAAACGUCACAAGAUAGACACUUUAAACUAUUCCAGUAUUCAAUAUGAAUACCCUGAGAUAUCUCUUUCUACUGAUAGUACCCCCUUGGUGAAGCCUACAAAAGAGUCCAAGCACAUACUCAUUGUGGGAGGUGGUGUGAGUGGGCUGUUGAUUGCCUGGAUACUCUUAGAUGAAGGAUAUCGUGUCACCAUUCUGGCUGAUGACUGGGCCUGGACUAAAGAUUUCGAAAAGUCUCGGAUGACGUCGCAAGUUGCUGGGGCCUUAUGGGAGUUCCCUCCUGGUGGAUGUGGAUUGACUGAGAUUGAGUCGCCGGGCAAGGGCUGGGCUGCUAUUGAACACUACCGAGAAUGGGCUCUGCAAAGCUAUGAGUUUUACGAAAAAUAUGAGCAGGUAUUCAACACCCAUGAGAGGAACGGUGGAUCUUUUGGUUUAAAAUUCACCAAUCUUCACCAGUUCUUUUUGGACGACUUGUCUCAGUUGAAGAAGGAUAAUCCCAACUAUGAAGAGGCUUUGAAACUACAGGAGAUAGAAAAGAGCCCGCUCAGGAAGGACGUGAGAAAGUAUUACAGGACGACGGAAGCAAAGACGGCGGAAUGGAAUAAACAAUUCGGCAAAGUCGUCGAGCCAAGCUUGAACGGGCAAGAGCUCAAGAGCGCCUACAGCCACAGAGCCCCUAUUGUCAAUACAGACAAAGCAAUGGCCUAUCUUAUGGCAUUGGUUGCAGCCAAAGGAGCGUGCAUGGAAACGCGAAAAAUUGAUAGCGACAUCAGGCAUGAACUCGGCUUGCAGCUAUUGAAGGAUCAUGGGGCAGAUGCCAUUGUUAAUGCCACCGGCCUCGGUGCCAAAACAGUGGCGGCCGAUGACGACGUUUAUCCCGUCCGCGGAGCUGUUCGACGCGUUGAAAACACUCACAGAGGCUCAUUCAGACAUCUCAAUGAUGCAUAUCUGGUUCCUGCGCAAAAGGAUAGCAACCAGCACCCCACCAAGACGGUUUUCAUUGUCCCUCGCAAUGAUGAUGUUCUAUAUGUUGGAUCAAUCGUACAGCCCAAUAACAGUACCAAGAACCUUACUCCAGAAUCGCCAGAGGUCCAAAUGAUGUGGAACCGAGCGGGCUCGUUUGUUAAGAAUUUGCUACAUGCUGGAUUUGUUCCCCAAUACGAAUUUGCGCAAGGCCUUCGACCGUUUACUAAGAGGAAUGUCAAAGUUAGGGCUGAUGAGGUGGCAACCUAUCCGCUUAUUCAUAACUAUGGACAUGGAGGCUCCGGAUGGACCUUGGGUAUUGGUACUGCUCGAUGUGCUGUGCUGAUUUUGAAGAAGCGAUUGGAGGGCAUUCCAGCAGCCGUCAUCAAUGAGGAAAUUUAUGGCUAG